AGCGUUUUCAACCGCAAAGUACUGCUCGAUUCUACCAUCAGUUUUAAUUGCAUAUUAUGACGGUGCCGAAUCGGUAUUGAAUUUAUAGGAAGAUAAGGUGCCUUCACCACGUGAAUACACCACGUAUUUAAAAACCUUUCCAACGCCCCCAGAAAACUACAAAAAGCACAUCACAUCUCCUUCCACUAUUUAAACUGUGCGUUCACGGCAAAAAAAAACCCACACAAUCUGUGGCCCAUUGUCUAUUGGCCACAGAAAAUCGGCCCACGGCACGGUUAGCUGCUACCCGUCCGGUGGUGACAUAUUGCCCACCGUAUAUCAUAUUACCCCGGUGCUGUCCGCCAUAAUUCAUUCGUUCGCACCGUAUCAUGAAGCAGAGCGAUUAUGCUUGCCCACACGAGUCUGUUUAUUUAUCGAACCGUAACACCGGUAUAUAUCAUUUUGCGUUGCACCUGAUAGGUAUCGCAUUCUGUGUGUGUGUUUUUUUUGCUAGCAUCAUUUUUGAUGGAUUUAAAUUCAACAAUAAUAAAGUGUGCAAAGAUUCUAUCUCAAGGUAGAAAUUUAAUGUGAUGCUUUGAGAGUUUGAUUACAAUUUCCAUCAUAAGAACAAUAAACAAGUUUCAGCCGAGAAAUCAUCUGUAUUUUUAGUUCGAAAAAAAGUUGUUUUCCACUUCGGUAGGUACGUGUGAGCGUGCUAAAAAUAAUGAGAUGAAUUUCCACGAAAGAAACGGUAAAUUAAACACAUUCGCUCUAUGAUGGAGACGCCUGGUGGUUCAUGACGGUGGAGGCGCCUGGUAGUUGAUGAUGGAGGCGCCUGGUUGCUGGUUAAUUUUUGUUUCGUUUUCAAUCGCGUUUAAAUAUAGAAAAAGGAAAAGCUACUUUCAAUAUUCUCUUUAAAAUUGUGCAAUUUCAUUUGGAACAUAAUGAAUUUAAAAACCUAUACAAUCGGCGCAUUAAUUCCAAUAGGCUCCGAUUUCCCUAUUUAAAUGUUCUACAACACCAUCCUCUUGCUUAUUAGGCUAUCAUGCGUUUUUUUUUUUUGUUCUUAUUUCUACGCUUCCAACAAUCAGCAACCAUGGUGCUUAUCCAGCCCCACACACUACCACAACGCUUACCAUCCUUCCUCUCCGGUUUAACUCCAAGAGAGCACCCAUUGGGAACAAAAUCAAUUGCUGCUUAUCGAUGGCCCUAUAUUGGGCCCUGUGAUUGAAUUGGCUGUAUCGAAAAACAAAAUCCCAUAUCACCCGUUCGUCCACUGCAUUGGGAGGGAAAGCAGGGAAAAGCGGGAAAAGCGUUCCACCCGGAGGGAUAAGAUAAUUAUUACACUUGCAUACCUAGCCCUGAGCGUCCAUUUCUUCCCGUUCGACACUGGUCCGAGCGGAACAGAUUCACUUGAACCGUUGAACCGAGCAACAAAACCGUUUCGCUACGACGAAAGUGAGUGGGUGAGUGAGUGAAUUAAUGCAGUUCGCUUCGUGUUUUUUUGCUUCUUCUCUGCAAACCCAUUUGUCCCUGAAGCCCUGAAGUGCAGCAGCGAACACUUGUUGAAGUGUUGUGAGAAAGGGAGAGAAAAUAGCACCAGCUGACAGUCAGCUGCCCAUCCGGAGGUCGCGAUCGAUAAUUUGACAGAUUGUAAAGUUUGCAUUUGCUAAAUGGAUUUUACCGUGUACGAUUAUCCGCGUGAAAUCUGGCGCCUGAAACCGGGCUGGGAAGUGACGCUGAAGACGAUCACCUUCAUACCGUUGAUACUGUUCGGUGUGCUCGGCAAUGCGAUCCUCUGCUACAUACUCGUCCAGAUACGAGCGCUCCGUACGCCGACGAACCUGCUGAUCGUGAACCUGGCCGUAGCCGAUCUGGCCACGCUGGUGAUCUGUCCGCUAAUGUUUAUGUUUCACGAUUUCUACCAGAACUAUGUGCUCGGUGCGAUUGGCUGCAAGACGGAGGGAUUUCUACAGGGCUCCCUGCUCAUCACCUCCGUGCUGUGUCUGUGCGCCAUCAGCUACGACCGGUUGACGGCCAUCGUGUUUCCGAAACGGUCGCGCCUCACCAAACGCGGUGCCGGCGUACUGAUCGUCGCCUCCUGGAUUGGUGGCUUUCUGCUAGCGCUUCCACUCAGCAUGUACCGGGCGUACCGGGAGCGACAGUGGAAAAACUAUCUCGAAACGUACUGCGCAGAAAAUACGACCUUUCUGCCGAGCUACUGGCAUGUGCUGAUCGGGGCACUGGUUUGGUUUCCGUUGCUCGUCAUGUUUUGCUGCUACAGUCUCAUCUUUCUGAAGCUGGAUCGGUACGAGCGGCGCGUGCUGAGAAAGGAACAUCCGAUCUCGGUGUCGUACAAGCGCAAGGUGGCCAAAACGCUGUUUAUCGUGCUGAUCGUGUUCGUGCUGUUGCGCAUCCCGUUUACCACGCUCGUGUUCAUACGGUACAAUCGCUAUCUGAACGACAAUCAGAACCAGAUUGGCAACGAUUUCCUGGUGCUGUGGUACGUCUCGCACUACCUCAUGUAUCUGAACGCCGCCCUCAACCCACUCAUCUACGGCCUAACGAACGAAAACUUUCGCAAAGCGUUCCGCAAAAUCAGUCUCUCGCGGCUGCUGUGCAUCCCCGCCCUCGCCAGCAAACGCCCAUCGGGUGGCAAAGGACGCAGCAAUCGGGUCCAUCCGAACGGUGGCAAAGACGCCGGACGUGGUAUAGCAACGAUCGGUGGACGACUCCAACCGCGAGCUCCCUGCGGUACGAACGAAAAGAUGGUCAACCUUUCCAGCUGGUUCGUGUGCCAGGCGCGCCGACUGCCAGACAAUCCACCGACCAGCCCCUCGAAGGACACGAAGAUAUCGCAGAUCAAGCUAACGACGGACACGCAGAUGCCGCACGAGUCGACGAUCGUUUCGGAUGGAUUUAUGUGACACGUUGCUGGUGUGAGUAAUAAAGCUUGGACUCUCGCAGACGAGCGAGAGCGCAGUCUGUAUUGGCGUAAACC